GAAAGGGGAAGCAAGUGUGUGUUUGUGAUGUGAAAAGGAGAAAUGGAGGAUUUGCAGAAGAGAAAGCUAGAAGAUGAAGAGGAAGACGCAGAGGCAGAGGCAGAGGCAGAGGCAGGCAACGCUGAUUUUGUUUCCAAGGAAGAGACACGCUUUCUCAUUGAACCUCUACCUAUACCGAGGAACUCAUUAAUUCCUAACAAAGGAAAUCAGGAGAUUCAGGACCAUACAGUUGCUCGUGACUCAAUUGCUGAGUUGAGCUUCUCUUCUCAGCAAGAGAAGUUGUCUCCAACAUUUUCAGCAGGAAGUGUGUCAAAUACUCUUGGAAACUUUUCUCCUAAUGGGACAAUAGUCUCAAGUAAAACACGUAUAAGAUGGACUACCGAUCUUCAUGAGAAGUUUGUUGAGUGUGUGAAUCGCCUUGGGGGUGCUGAUAAGGCAACACCAAAAGACAUAUUAAAGAUUAUGGACUCGGAUGGGUUGACCAUCUUCCAUGUCAAAAGUCAUUUGCAGAAAUAUAGAAUUGCAAAAUUCAUGGCAGAUUCAGCUCAAGGGAAAUCUGACAAAAGAAUCCAUACAGAGGAUGUGCAUCAUCUUGAUGUCAAAAUUGGCUUGCAAAUUACAGAGGCACUUCAGCUGGAAUUAGAUGCUCAAAGUUAUCUUCAUGAACAGCUUGAGAUUCAGAGAAAAUUACAGUUGCUAAUUGAAGAACAAGGUAGGCAGCUGAAAAAAAUGUUUGACCAGCAGCAGAAAAGUAAUAACCUCUUGAAUACUCAGAAUACAACCAAUGAUGAUACAGCAAUUAGUCAUAAGGAUGUUGAGGUUUCUUUUUCUGGAGGUGUGGGAAAUUACUUCUUCCCUUCCAAGGCCUCUUCAAGCCCAUAAUUUGAUAGUUUUUACAGUUUUCCAAAAGCUUACUCCUUGUAAGAAACAGAUAAACCGAUUUUGUUAUGGGAAGAAAAUCAUUCUUGUUGAUAAUACAAGUGCAAACUCAGUGAA